CUGAGCUGCAGGAAAACGCCUGCGAGGGGUUGCCUGUGAUUGUUCCUUCGAUUGAGAAAAGCACUGUUUUUCCCCCGCCUAUAUCUGAUAGCUAGAUUCACUUGGGAGACAAGGAAACGAUGUCCGCUAGGUUGAUUAAAAGAGUUCUAAAUGAACAACACCGUCCCCUGGAAGUGAAGCUGGAGGAGGACGAAGAAGAAAAUCAGCUUCAAGGAGAAGAAUCGGCGUCCCCAGAAUCCGUAUCUCGUUCUUCAAUCAAUCCCUUCGACCUCCUUAAUGACGACGAUUCUGAACCGGACCAGGAAAGUGAACUGACAUCCACCAAUGAAAGAUUGAGGCGAUUUGAUGAUAAAGAGGAGUCGCCUUCAUCGAAAUAUACUGCUGUAGCGUCGACAUCUAAUCUAAAAUCAAAGAAGAAGAAAAAGAAGAAAAACAAGGACAAUUCUUUAUUAAGUAAAGAAAGAGGUGAAAAAGAUUUGGACCAAAUUAUAGAGAAUUUAUCACUAGAUGACAAUUCUUCUGCUGAACAACAUGUCUCUACAGAGGACAGAGUAGCAAACGCCAAAGGCCAGUAUAACACUGUCAAGCAGCAGUCAUUCUCGAUAUUACAAGUGGAUCCUAAACAUUUGAAUGCUGAAAAUGAGCUCAAACGAAUAUUUGGUUCCAAGGUAGUGAAAUCAUUCGAGAGUAGUAAUCAAGCUAGCAGUUCUAGGCCAAUUCGAGGGGUGAGGCGUGGGCACUAUAAUCUCAGAAAGACUGUUCUAGUCCAUCCAGCUGAUCAUUGGCCCCGCUGGGAUGGUUCUUUGUCCAUGGAAUUUUUGGAAACAAAGGAUGGAUAUAACUACUUUAGAUAUGAACACGCAUCAUCAUAUUCUCAAGCUCAGAAGGCAUUUGAAGCUGCCAAAGCAAUUAACGACUUAAAUGGUCUAGCUAGCAUAUUAUUGUACCAUCCUUACCAUCUAGAUUCACUUUUAACAAUGGCAGAGUAUUUCAAGGUUGUGGGUGAGCAGCAGACUUCUGCAGAUGCUAUAGCCAAAUGUCUAUAUGCACUUGAGUGCGCAUGGCAUCCCAUGUUCACUCCGCUGCAGGGCAAUUGUCAAUUGAAAUUCAGCCAUGAAACUAACAAACCAAUGUUCACAGCUCUUUUCACUCACAUGAAGAACUUGGACAGGCGGGGCUGUCAUCGAUCUGCUUUAGAGGUCUGUAAAUUGCUGCUUUCACUGGAUUCUGAUGAUCCCAUGGGGGCAAUUUUCUGCAUUGACUACUUUGCUUUAAGGGCUGAGGAGUAUGCAUGGCUGGCAAAGUUUUCUGAAGAUUAUAAAAGUGAUAAUUCCAUCUGGUUAUAUCCAAAUUUCUCGUAUUCCCUUGCUGUUUGCCGGUUUUACCUUGAAAACCUUGAAAAAGAGGUGUCAGAAGAUGCUUGUAGGGAUGCUAAAAAGGCCUCUUCAACUGAUCUUAUGAAACAAGCAUUGAUGCUUCAUCCCUCUGUUAUAAAGAAGCUAGUGGCGAAAGUACCUUUGAAAGAUCGCGUGUGGACAAAUAUUCUCAAGCAUGCCUUUUUCCGAUCAGAUCAAAUAGGAAUUCCAUCUCAAGAUCACUUGAUAAAUAUAUAUGUAGAAAGAAAUUAUCUUAUAUGGAGGCUUCCAAAUCUGCAGAAAUUGCUCAGCGAUGCUGCCCAACUAGUCCUGGAAACUAUAGAAAAUGAUAGAAGUGAAGUAAAGGAUUGGGCUUGUGUCAGAAAAGAAGCAUUCUCAGCUGAGAAAAAUGAGUAUGGACAUUUGUUGGUUUCUGAUUUUUCUGACUCGGUGGCCUCAAUUCCACAAGAGAAUCUGCAAAAUUUUAUGGGCGCUCCAAGGAUGCGAGAGGUUGAGCAGAAUGAGAAUGAGAUUGUUAAUUUGCACGGGAAUGGCCAUGUUCAUCGCGAUGUUAGUGACAGGAGUGCAUUGGCUGUCCUGUUUGAGUCAAUGCUACCGUGGGUUACUUAUGGGGAUGGGGAGGACGGUGGACCUGAUGAGCAUCAACGAGACAAUCAAUGAUUCUGGAUACAACCCGGUCAUCCAGGUUCUGCAUGGUGCUUUAAAGAAAAUAAUGACUCAACAUAUACUCUUUUUUUUCGUGGUGGGUUUGUGGGGUGGGAGCAGGAAUAGUUAAACUCUCCGUAAAGGAUACCCCUCUGUAUAGAGCCAUGCGGUCGAUGCCUUGUGCUUUUGCGUCGAUAUUCUUAAAUUAAUCUCUAUCUGGGAUCUCAAGAUGCCUAUUGAUGCCAUGGUCCUCGGAAAGUUUUGUGGUGUCUAAUUUUGGAAAUAUUGAGGCAUAUAUUAUUGUUAUUAACGAUGUCUGAUCCUGGUGUUGCUAUCAGAGUAGGGAUACUAAUAAUUAGGUGCGUUCUACUAUUGGUACCCUGUAUUUGUACUGCUCUAAAUUUUUUACGGAUAUAUAGCAUCUUUCUGAGAUUUUUGCGUGUUA